CCGGAAGUAGACUUACCAGUGAAGGGGGGGGACAUAUUUAAGUAAUGCUAAAGCGAGUGAGUUAAUAACGUAAUGAGACAAAUGAGAUGUAUAAUUGCAAUUGUGGAAGGUCUUGACAUCAUAAGCUUAGUUUAGGAUGUCAAUGGAGGACACUGAACUAACUACUGAAUAAAGGCAUCUCACACCAUCCCGUAUUUCCUGCUUACGAAUGUCCUUGACAUUGCCAGCUAUGAGUGACAGCAGAGUGGCCUCCAAAGGCCCCUAUAUUUCAGUCAUCACCAACAGAACCACGAACGUGGUAAUACGUGGGGCUAUGCUGUUCGCUGUGGGUGUCUUCCUGGCACUGGUGCUGAACUUACUUCAAGUGCAGAGGAAUGUCACCCUCUUUCCCCCUGAUGUCAUCAGCAGUAUCUUCUCCUCAGCCUGGUGGGUGCCCCCCUGCUGUGGCACAGCCUCAGCAAUGAUCGGGCUAUUGUACCCCUGCAUUGACAGACAACUGGGUGAGCCACACAACUUCAAGCGGGAAUGGUCCAGUGUGAUGCGUUGUGUGGCUGUGUUUGUGGGCAUCAACCAUGCAAGUGCUAAAGUGGAUUUUGCCAACAAUAUUCAGCUGUCUCUGACUUUGGCAGCGCUCUCCAUUGGACUCUGGUGGACAUUCGACCGCUCACGUAGUGGCUUUGGCCUGGGAGUUGCCAUUGCUCUGCUGGCAACAAUGACCACUCAACUCCUAGUUUACAAUGGAUUGUUUCAGUAUACUUCCCCAGAUUUCCUGUACAUUCGCUCCUGGUUACCUUGUAUCUUCUUCGCAGGGGUGAUAACUAUGGGAAACAUAGGACGGCAGCUAGCCUUGUAUGAAUAUAAAUUAAUUCAAGAAAAGACCCAUCAGGACUGAGGAAUCUCUUGGCUCAAUCAGGUCUCUGCUCAAAAUGAUAUUGUCUUUGUACCAUCCUGAAACCAGAGAUCGGAGAAUAUCUGCAUGCAGCACAACGUAGACCAGACCAGGCUAAGCUAAGCCAGACCAAACCAGGAUCCUGGACAAGUCAAUGAGGCGUGUCGGCUACAGCAGAGCCAUGAGCUCCUGACUAGCUGCCUGGUGUUGUCCACUGGACCAGUCAGUGUUUUUGGCUCGAAUCAGGCCAUGUGGAUAUGCAAGCUUUUGCUGGCUGCAUUCUUCUAACUUGAGCUGAGGUGAAGCCUGAGAAAGGAGUUGUUUUGGUGCAGUUUAUCUCUACUCACCUGCAAAGGGAUUAGCAGUGAAGUGUCUGUUGUUUUUAAAAUCAGCUCAGGUGUUUGACGUCUUUGGCUCCAUGUAGGGCUGGGCGAUAUCUCGAGAUUUUAAUAUACAUCGAUAUAUUUCUAAACGAGAUAUGACACAGGAAAAUAUCGCUUGUAUCGAUAUAGUUCAUUUUGUGUUAAAAUGACAAUACAUCGGCCGCAAGUUCGCACCUAUUUCUCCUCUCCCUGCGUCCUUACACACACACACACACACACACACACACACACACACACACACACACACCGGGGCCUCGCACCUGUGGGGGAGGUGGGUGUUUUAACACCCACACUUUUCACGGAGAGAGGGUUAAACACCCACACUUUUUCUGCAGUUUUUCCUCAGUUUUGCACAAAAGCCUGACUACAGUCGCUCCAUUUCAGCGCUCGCUGCGGCUGCCUCCUCUCCCCCUCCCUCUCCUGUUGUUGCCUCAAACAUGACACCAGCUUUGAGUGUGACGGCUGAUGAUUGGCUGUUUUGCCUUAAGUCCCGCCUUUCUUGGUGUGUUAGAUUUAUCGUUCAGCUUGUGCUGAGGAGGUGGGAACUAGCUGAUUCAUAGUUCACACUAUAGAGUUUUGACUUAUUUUCCAUUACUGUCAGUCACUUUUGGACAUAUGGAAGCCCGAAGGUGUCAAUAUUGAUAAUAAAAUAUAAGACAUUAUUUAAUUAACAUAUCAACCAGCUGUGUUAAAUAUCUAUGUGAAAUAAUUGAGAAAAUUGUUAAAACCCAGUUAAGCAUUAAUUUUCACAGAUACAAUUUUUAUGUUUGUUCCAAUUUUAUUAAGUCUGUUUUUAUUUCUGUUAAAAUUGUAACAGUAUUGUAUUUUUGAAUUAAUUACUGUAUAUUACUGUCAUGCAGGAAAGAGCUUUUUUUCAAGGAGCAUUUUUAUUUCAUUGACCUCUGACAUUUGGCACGUGGCUUAAACUUAUAACGGACUGUUUGUUUAUUUUUUGAAGGGUGUGCCUCUGGAAAACAUUUUAUCUUAUAUGCUAUAAUGCUUUGGGGGAAACCCCAAUUACAUCACAGAAAAAAUAUCAAAAUAUAUAUCGAGUAUCGCCAUUCAGCUAAAAAAUAUCGAGAUAUGACUUUUAGUCCAUAUCGCCCAGCCCUAGCUCCAUGGUGCCAAACAAACAGGGAUCACUUUCUUUCACAUCCUUCAUGUAUCAUUGAAGAACAUGUAACCUAGUUAAUUUAUAGAAAGAUUUGUAGAAAGAUGUGCAUUUAUACCACAACUUUUAUUGUGUGCGAGUAGUUUAUUUCUACACUUUCUUUUGUGAUAAGUGAUGUGUGUACUCUAUAUGCAGUGUUCAACAGCCGUGGGGUUUUAUACUGACACACUGAUGUAUAGUAUCACUGCAUCCAAAUGGAAGGAUUGACUACUAAAGACUGUGUAAAGCCUAAGUUGAAGGUUUCUUUUAUACAUGAAUACUGAUUAGGACAUUUUCUCUUGUAAUUCUAUAUAUGAUUUUAAAAAAGCAGGGAGCGUUUUCCCUUGCUUGUUGAAAAUGGUCCAAAACAACAUGCAUGACAUUUUUCCAAGUUCUUCUUUUAGCACAAAUGUAAGCAUUCUACUCAUCAUGACACUGUAUGACUAUGAAACAGUAAAUACUAGUAAAAUGAAUGCACAGUGGAUUUCCCUCUGUAUAAUUAACCUCAGAAUCACCAAAUUUAAUUGAGGUACACAGUUAACUUGCCCACAAAGAAAACAGAUAUUAUGUUUUACAGUGUUAAAGUCUGUUUAAAUUGUCAGUGGGUGAAAGUAUUGUACUGUACAUGUUAUAAAUGGCACUUCUGAGUCUUUAGGAACUAGGACUGGAUCAUUUAAUGGUAUUUUUUAUACUCCUUCCUUUGUAAUAAACUCUAAUGAUUAUAAUUAUAAUUUCAGCAUUAAAAAAUCCUGUACCAUUACCAUUGUAUUAAUAUUCAAAAAUGUAGGAUAUUUUAAAUGGAAAACACAAUGAAAAAAAAUAAAAAAAUAGGUGGUGGAGCUUGUUAUAUCAGCACUGUAGACAGUGUAGCUAAUAUGAGACAUUAUUUAUUUAGGAUAAAUUAGUUAAUAGUUACAAGCAUUUUAACAGCCUCUUAAACCUGAACAUGUGCAAUUUGUUUGGUGUAAUAAAGACAAUGAACUGUUGUUAA